AUGCCACCAAUACCCCUCCAAAAGUCGUCCAUGUCUUCCAACUCUUCCGUGUCCGAUGGUGGGGCUCUCGACCCGAUUGUCCUUAACUACGAGGACCCCACAUCGUUCUUUGCCUCAAUUCUCAUGAUAAUUAACGGGAUAUUUGGUGUGAUUUGCAACUCUCUCAUCAUCUACAUUUUCCUCAAAGAACGCAAAGAGAGAACUGCAUUCAAUGUGAUCUGUAUGGUCAGGGCAAUCGUUAACACAUAUGUUUUGAUCACUAAUCAUCUGGCGCUUUUUGUGCCGAUGACAUUGAGCGGUCAUUCCAUCGUCAGCAAAACCCUAGAGACAUGGGCGAUAUGCAUGUCCAACUCAUUAUACAUGGCUAAUGAGUACUUGACAGUAGUCAUCGCCCUAAAUCGCUUCAUUUCCUUGUUUUUCCCCUUGUGGUAUGCGAAAUUGUGCGGGAUGAAGCCGACAAUUGUGAUCUUGUUUGUGAUGUACGCGUAUCGGAUUGGUGCCGUCACUAGGGAGACGAUUGGGUAUACAGCCAUCGACUGCUACGUCCUCUACUACACCGAAUUCCUCUCCUGGGCGCCCGACUUCUCCCCGCAGUGCCAAAGCAACUCGGGAAUUCUUCUCUUUAUGGCAGUCAACUUUGCAAUUGUAUCGGUAUUCAAUAUUGCAACGUUCCUAAAGAUUUUCAAGUUUUAUAAGAACCAAAAACAAGAGGACCGUGAAUCGCGGAAAAAAAUCAAGAAAAAUGUGUAUCUAUUCAUCCAGACGGUGCUGCAAGACUCGCUUCUGUUUUCUAUAACUAACGGGCAUAAUUUUCUGGUUUACUGUCCGUUAUUCGGGCAUAGUCAUAGCAAAUUUUUUGGAACUAUUGCGGAUGCAUUGACUGAUGCAGGGCAUAAUGUGACAUUCUUUACCCCCACCAUUGCCGAAAAAUACCGUAACAUCAGCUACACCAAAUCAACCAAAGAUGUCGUACACAUGGAUCCAUCCGACAAGCUAAAAGCAUAUGGGGAGCAAAUGGAAUCCGGAGAUUUUGUCAGAUUCUGGACAGAAGACUCCACGUCGACAGAGAUUCUACCAGUAAUUGAGAUUUUUCAAAACAUGUACAAUGAGCAAGCGGAGGUGAUGAAAUUGAAUUUGGAUGUCUUGGAUGAUUUGAAGAAACGGAAUUUCGAUGUGAUAAUUUUCGAGUCCUACGUUUUCUCGGCGUACCCCCUUAUGGACUAUCUAGACAUCACCACCUUUAUCCCAUCCCUCUCGGUCACCCAUGACGUGGCACUAUCCCAGGCGAUCGGAGAACCAGCUAUGCCUAGUGUGGUGUCAGAUGUCUUAUCUCCAUUCGGGGAGAAGCUAAAUAUAAUGGAACGCGCGUUAAAUCUAAUCGCUGUUCCUGUAUUCGAUUUGAUGAUUGGCUACCCGGUACACCGAUCCUUCAAGCCACCGCAUGACGUCAUUGAUAUAAGAGCGUUGGAGCCCGAGGCCUCUUUUGUGUUCAUCAAUUCUAAUCCUUUUGUGGAUUUCCCUAGAGCAACUCUAACAAAAACUGUAGAAAUCGGAGGGAUAUCGGUGGAUUUGGAGGAGUUGAGAAGCCAAAAAUUUGAUGAAACGUGGUCGGAAAUCCUGAAUUUGCGCCAGAAAACUAUGCUAGUCUCAUUUGGAUCUGUUAUGUUUUCAAAGGAUAUGCCGAUGGAGAAUAAAAAAGCCCUAGCUUCCACUAUGGCCAAGUUCCCCGAAGUGACAUUCAUCUGGAAGUAUGAAUCAAAUGACCCCGAUAGUUUUGCCAAAGGGAUCCAGAAUAUCCAUUUUGUGAAAUGGGUACCACAGACUGCUUUGCUGGCCGAUUCCCGGUUAUCCGCGUUUUUCACUCAUGCUGGGUUGGGAAGUAUCAAUGAAGUGAGCUACCUGGGGAAGCCAGCGAUAUUGUGCCCCCUCUUCGCUGACCAAAUGAGAAACGCCAAAAUGCUGUCCCGCCACAAUGGAUCCAUCGAAUUCUCCAAAUAUGAUCUCUCAGACACCUCGAAAAUCUCUGACGCCUUCCAAAAGAUUCUAUUCGACUCUUCAUACUCUAAACACGCAGAAAAGCUAGCAGAACAACUGGAAAACCAACCGAUUAAGCCGAAAGAGUUGAUGGUGAAGUACGCGGAGUUUGCGGCGAGAUUCGGCCGUCUCCCCUCCCUGGAUCCAUACUCUCGAAAAAUGUCAUUAGUGGAAUAUUUCCUAAUCGAUGUCGCUGCAAUCGUCAUAUUUAUUUUGAUCUCAACCUUCUUCACCCCCACCAUCGUUCGCAAGUUUUCCUCCCACCAAUACGUGAAAUCUACCAAACACGUCAUCCACUUAGAGCCCAGCCAACAGCUAGAACAAUACGGAAACACAUUCGAGGAUCAUGAUUUCACGAAAUUCUGGACAGAUGACUCAUCUCUAUCUGAAAUGCUGCCAAUGCUGGAAUUGUUUAACAAGAUGUUCGUGGAGCAGGCAAGAGUGCUCGAGGAGAAUUUAGUGUUGUUGGAUCAGUUGAGGGAGAGGAAGUUCGAUGUGAUGGUUUUCGAGAGUUUUGUGGACACAGCUUAUCCCCUUCUUGACUAUCUGGAGAUCAAAACAUUCAUCCCCUCCACUUCCAUCGCCUAUGACCCAAAUCUUUUGGUUUCUAUUGGGGAACCAAGAAUGCCUAGUGCAGUACCACUACCCAUGUCAAAAUUCACCGACCGUAUGUCAAUGAUCCAGCGAGUCAUCAACGCCAUUGCCCCGCCCAUCUUCAACUUUUUCCUCUCGAAACCUGAAUACCGAUCCUUCCGACCACCUCACAACCUCAUCGACAUUCCAUCCAAAGAAUCCCUCAGUUCCUUCAUUUUCACAAAUUCCAAUCCAUAUAUCGACUAUCCCCGUCCAACAAUUGAGAAGAAUGUUCAAAUCGGAGGGAUUUCAGUUGAUGUGGAGAAGCUUAGAAGUCAGAAGGUCAAUGAGGAGUGGGAUGCGAUUCUGAAUUUGAGAGAGAAGACUGUUUUGGUGUCAUUUGGUUCUGUUAUGUUGUCCAAGGAUAUGCCGUUGGAGAAUAAGAAAGCUCUAGCUUCCACUAUGGCAAAAUUCCCCGAAGUGACAUUCAUCUGGAAGUAUGAAUCAAAUGACACCGAUAGUUUUGCAGAGGGGAUCCAGAAUAUUCAUUUUUCGAAAUGGGUACCCCAGACUGCUUUGCUGGCCGAUUCCCGAUUAUCCGCAUUUUUUACUCAUGCUGGGCUAGGCAGUAUCAAUGAAGUGAGCUACCUGGGGAAGCCUGCAGUAGUGUGCCCCCUAUUCGCCGACCAGAUGAGAAACGCGAAAAUGUUGGUGCGACACAAUGGAUCGAUUGAGAUCACCAAGUAUGAAUUGGAUGAUGAAACGAAAAUUGAGGACUCCCUGAGGAAGGUUUUAUAUGAUGAGGAUUACCGUUCUGCAUCUGAAAAUUUGGCGCAACAUCUGGAGAAUCAACCAGUAAAGCCAAGGGAGCUGUUGUUGAGGCAUGCGGAGUUUGCUGCUCGAUUCGGCCGUCUCCCAUCACUGGACCCCUACUCCCGCCACAUGUCAUUCAUCGAAUACUUCCUUAUCGAUGUUGCAACCAUCAUUCUGUUUACAUGUCUACUGAUCUCUUAUUUGAUGUUCCAAAUCACAAAACAACUGGCCAUCCGUCUACCAUUUGUUGCAGACGACGCGAAAAAGUUCUUCUGCCCACUAUUCGGUCACAGUCACUCCACAUUUUUCGGGCGGUUAGCAGAUAUUCUGACAGAAGCGGGACACAAUGUUACCAUGUUCACACCGACUAUUGUCGACGAGUUCCGCAAUUUUUCGUAUACCAAAUUGGCAAAGGAUGUGGUGUAUUUGGAUCCAAGCCCAAAACUCAAAGCUAUCGGUGACUUGAUCGCUGGAAAUAGUCGAUAUUGGAACCAAGAAUUCUCGUUGAAUGUGAUUCCCGAAACUUCUCGAUUCUUCCAAUCAGUGGCUAACGAACAACAUAAUGUUCUCUCUGAAAAUCUCCUUCUCCUCGGCGAAUUGAAGAAGAAAAACUUUGAUUUGAUUCUAUUUGAGACCAUUUUUACCUGCGCGAUUCCUUUAAUGGAUUAUCUGGAAAUCAAAGCGUCCGCUUUGGCUCACACAGUUGCAUUCGAGGCUUCAAGUAUGAGGGUGCUGGGGGAAUCUGUGAUGCCAAGUCAUGUUCCAGAUCUCCUUACCCCAUCAUCUGACCGUAUGAGUCUUUACGAGAGACUUCUCAAUUCUGCGAUUCAAACACUCCACAGCUACUAUAGACUCACUCCAGAAUACUAUACCUCCUACCGUAACCCAGAAGAGAGAAUUUAUCCAUUGGAGCGACUCCCCGAUGCCUCUUUUGUGUUCACCAAUUCCAAUCCUUAUGUAGACUUCCCACGUGCCACGAUAGCGAAAAAUAUUCAAAUCGGAGGGAUCUCGGUGUCAAUGGAGGCAGGGAAGCUAGGAGAAGAAUGGGAUCAAAUUUUGAAUUUACGAAACAAGAAUUUUCUGAUUGCUUUUGGAUCAGUGAUUCUAUCAAAGGAUAUGCCGUUUGAAUCGAAAGUCUCCUUGGCACAAGCAAUGAAACAAUUCCCUGAUGUAACGUUUAUAUGGAAAUAUGAGGAUAGUGAUACCGACAAGUUUGCAGAAGGGAUUCAGAAUAUACACUUUUCAAAAUGGGUCCCGCAGAGGGAGUUAUUGGCCGACGCCCGUCUAUCCGCCUUCAUGACUCAUGGAGGUCUUGGAAGUGUCAAUGAAGUAAGCUAUAUGGGCAAGCCUUCUAUAAUGUGUCCAAUUAUGGGUGAUCAAAUGAGGAAUACAAAAAUGUUGGUGAGACACAAUGGAUCGAUUGAGAUAUCUAAAUAUGACUUGGGAAAUAGUAAGCUGGUGGAGAAAGUAAUGAGGAAGAUUCUUUAUGAUGAGAGUUACAAAAUGGCUGCUCAACGAUUAUCUGAUCACUUGAGGAAUCAACAGGUCUCUCCAAAAGAACUAUUUCUGAAACAUACCGAGUUUGCUGCCAGAUUCGGAAAAUUGCCGUCGUUGGAUCCAUCUUCUCGACAAAUGGGAUUUUUGGAAUAUUUUAUGAUUGAUUUGGUUCUCAUAGUUACUGUUAUUGUGGUUGUUUUGUGUCUUCUGUUAAUCAACUUGUCGAAGACUUCAUUAAAAAUCAAGUAUGUUAUCAAGUGUUUCCUUAGAACAAGUCGCAAUUCCCAAUUCGAUCUGCAGUUGAUUAUGAAUAAAGAGCCAAAAGUGUCAUUCAGAGGAUCGGAAAACAUGUAUUUUGAGUUGAAAAUAACGUCUGAUAAGACAAAGAACGGAAUGAGAAUAUACAAAGAGUGUCUGUAUAAUGAAAAGUUUGACACAUUAUGGAUUUACUCGGAAAAUUUGAUAGAUGAAUGGAUGAAUCUGGUGAAAACUGUGAUAGAGAUUUUCAAGUUCGAGAAACAGAUUGUUAUCUUUCAUAUUGACAAGUUUCCAACGAGAAACAAAGCGAUUGUUGAUUUUAUAAAGUCUCAAACUCCAUCGAUUGAAUGUUGUGAGUUUCAAGGAAAAACUGAAACAGAUGAAGACGUUGAAUACUUCCUAAACAACAUCAAUAUCACGAACGGUUUAUCAAUGACGGUAAAACUCAGUGAUCAUUUCAACUUCCCACAGUUUAACCAUCUCAACAGUUGUUCUCUUGAUCCUGCAAACUGGUUAACAUUCAAUCAGUUUAUUCAAUUCAGAGGUUCUCAUUUGUGCAUCCACGGUUCUCCCAUUACAAACCAAGAACUGAACCAGUUUCUAAUCCUCUGGAUGACUUCUCAAUGUCACCAGAAUCUGAGAUUUCUUAUUAUAAAUAUCAGUGAUCCUCAAUCACUCGUCACCAUUUUCAAUCUACCGUUCGAGAUAAUAAAUCCCAAUGUUGAACGAAUCGGCAGAGUUUCCCAAAACGAUACUAUUACAUUGCGAGGAGGCAUCGAUAUCAAGAGAAUCGACGGGGUGACUGGAACGAUUCAUUUCAAGUGGAGAGGAGAUAAGAUGCUACUGCAAAUGAUGAGUAAUAAAUACGAAAUAGCUGCGCAACGGUUAUCUGAUCACUUGAGGAAUCAACCGGUCUCUCCAAAAGAUCUAUUUCUGAAACAUACCGAGUUUGCUGCCAGAUUCGGUAAAUUGCCGUCAUUGGAUCCAUAUUCUCGACAAAUGGGAUUUCUGGAAUGUUUUAUGAUUGAUUUGGUUCUCAAAGUUACUGUUAUUGUGGUUGUUUUGAGUCUUUUCGUGUAUUUUUCAAUGAACAUCAACUUCUCGAUGACAUCAUUGAAAAUCAAGAAUUUUAUCAAGUGUUUUCUUAGAACCAGUCGCAAUUCUAAGUACGUGUUGCAAAUGCAUACAAAUGAAGAGCCAAAAGUGUCAUUUAGAGGAUCGGAAAAAAUGUAUUUUGAGUUCAAAGUAACAUCUGAUAGGGCAAAAAACGGAGUGAGAAAAUACAAAGAGUGUCUGUUUAAUGAGAAAAUUGACACAUUCUGGAUUUACUCGGAAGACGUGAUAGACAAAUGGACAAAUCUGGUGAAAACGGUGAUAGAGGUAUUCAAGUUUAUAGAACACAUUGUUAUCUUUGAUGUCGACAAGUUUCCAACAAAAAACAAAUCGAUUGUUGAUUUUAUAAAAUCUCAAACUCCAUCGAUUGAAUGUUGUGACUUCUAUGGAGUCGCGGAAACAGACGAAGAUGUUGAGUACUUUCUGAACAACCUGAAUGUCACUAAGUUUGUAGGAUUUAAUCUGAAACUCAGUGAUAAUUUCAAGUUCCCACAGGAUAAUUAUCUUGAGAUUUGUUGUCUUGAUCCUGGAAACUGGGUUGCAUUUGAUCAGCUUCUUCAUCUGCAAGCCUCUCGACUCUUGAUCCACGGUUCUCCAUUAACAAACGAAGAACUGAAUUCUUUUUUAAUUCUCUGGAUGACUUCUAAAUGUCAUCAGAAUCUAUCGUAUCUUUUGAUAAACAUCAAUGACCCUCAAUCUCUCGACAUCAUUUUUGAUCUACCACAUGAGAGGAUCAAUCGUGAUGUUGAACGGAUUGGUAGAUUACCGAAUAACGAAACUGUUUCAAUACGCGGGGAAAUCGAUAUCAAGAGAAACGACGGGAUGACUGGAACGAUUAAUUUUGGUUGGAGACUUGAUAAAAUGUUACUGAAAAUGAUGGUUUCUCGAAUUGAGUGA